CAUCAAUUUGCAUUUAAAGGACGAACUAAUAAAUGAAUAACGAAUUGAAACGUUCAGGUGAACUUACAUCAGCGGUCAAAAUGGCCACUUCGGGACUGGGAAUUUUGGCAAGGACAUUCAGUACUUCAGUCAGAUGUAACAAACUUGUACAGACCCCCGUCCAGGUUUAUGGUCUGACUGGCAGCUAUGCCUCAGCUCUCUACUCAGCUGCUAGCAAGGAGAAGUCCCUCGACUCUGUGGAGAAGGACCUUAGAUCUGUGAAGCAACUAUGGGAGAAGGAUACCAAAUUCAGGGACUUCUUUGCUGAUCCCACAGAAAAUGCCAAUAGGAAGAAGACUGCCUUUCAGUCUGUUGUGAAAAAGAAGAGCUACUCAAAAGUAACACAGAACCUGUUUGACACCAUGGCUGACAAUGGCAGGCUCUCUAAGCUGACUGAUGUCAUUAACUUGUACCUAGAGCUUAUGAGUGCGCAUAGGGGAGAGGUCAUCUGUAAAGUCACAACUGCCAAGGCUUUGGAUGCUAACACAAGCAAAGAGCUGAAUGGUAUCCUAGAGGGAUUCCUGCAGCAAGGACAGAAACUUUAUCUACAGACAGAGGUGGACCCCAGCUUGGUGGGAGGAAUGACGGUGACCAUCGGGGACAAGUUUAUAGAUAUGUCCCUCAAAUCUAAAAUUAAGCUGUACACGGACAUUCUCAAGAGUGCCUCCAUCUAGACGGGAGUCAGUCUGCCUCCAUCUAGACCGGAGGGAGUCCCAGUGACCAGACUCUGAUAUCAUACUUGUGUUUGUUACAACUUUAGGAUCAAUAAAAGAAGUAUUUACACUU